CUUUAAUUUUUUUCUAAAUUCUCCUCAAUAUACACGCGAUCUCUAAGACGAUUAUGAAUAAAGUUUAAUUAUCGUAACAGGUCAGAUACUUCUUGUAAUUGUAAUUAAACAAUUGUUUUUUUAGUACAAAGCUUACUUACUUUGUGGUGGGGUUUUUUUUGCAAUACGGUAACUACACUUUGACUUUGCAACAAUGUAACGUCCAAUAUCCUCACACUGCAACAUUGUUGCAAUCCUUCGUGAGCUCAUUAUUAUGGCUGCUACGGUCCUUGCAGGCUAUAAAAUUUAUUUCAUGUCGGCAAGGGCUUCGCUUUAUCUAAAAACAUAUCAAUAUUGGAAUUACUCGAUUUAGCGCCUUAUCUGAUUUAAACAACAGCUUUACAAAAUAAUUUAAUGUUUCUUUAAGAGCGGUACAUUAAGAACUUUUGUUCUUCGAGGACCUUGACGCAUCGUUUCCAUUCAGCCAUUGAACUGGGAAGAGUAGGGUCCAUACUGUUGUGGUUUAAGUGCGACCUAUAUGUGGAUUUUAUAGGCAAAAUGUCGCUAUUUCGCUCAUAUUAGGAAUCCUUCUACGGUGUAAGGUGAAACUAUUCGGUCGACUGGUGUCGUCGGUAAGGAGCAGGGGUAUAAUGUCUGGAGCGGCCGGUGGAGGAGGAGGCUCCUCCUGUCAGGGUGCAGCAGCGGCAGCCAGUUGCAGCUCCGCCGGCUCGCCCUACGCUGCUGCAGCCGGGGGAGGCGCAGGGGUGGCCGGGAGGUUACCUGCUCGGGUCUUGGAGCAUAUUUUCUCAUACUUGGAGCUUUCCGAUUUGAUGCGUUGUGCAUUGGUUUGCUGGCAUUGGAACAAUAUACUGGCGGAUGAAAACAGCGAGGUGUGGCGCAGCCUCUGCACCCGGACUUUGAGCGAUGAAGCUCUGCGCUCUGACAUCCUGUGCAACCUGCACACCUACAAAGGAAAACUCAAGGCUUUUCAACACGCUCUGAGCUCCCACGACUGCUCCCGCAAUGUUUAUGUGAAGAAGAAUGGCUUCACCUUGCACCGCAACCCUAUAGCUCAGAGCACGGAUGGAGCACGGGGCAAGAUUGGCUUUACAGAAGGGAGGCACGCGUGGGAGAUCUGGUGGGAAGGCCCUCUUGGCACUGUGGCAGUCAUCGGCCUUGCCACAAAGCGGGCGUCCAUGCAGUGCCAAGGCUACGUGGCCCUGCUGGGCAGUGAUGACCAGAGUUGGGGCUGGAACCUGGUCGAUAACAACUUGCUUCAUAACGGGGAGGUGAAUGGGAACUUCCCACAGUGUAACAAUGCACCAAAAUAUCAGAUCGGGGAGAGAAUACGAGUGAUUCUGGACAUGGAUGACAAGACGUUAGCCUUCGAGAGGGGGUUUGAGUUUCUCGGAAUAGCGUUUCGUGGACUGCCCAAAGCCUGCCUCUUCCCCGCUGUCUCGGCAGUGUACGGCAACACUGAAGUCACCAUGGUGUACCUGGGAAAACCUCUAGACGGCUAGACGCAAUAUAACCUGUGCCACCAUUAAAACUUACAGGCCAAGAGCAGACCUUUUUCUGUCAACAGACUGCAGACUCUGUUUGUCACACCGUCUCAAAGGUUUUGGAGUCUGAGGGGGGCAUCAUGUUCCCUCCAAGCAUAAUAACUUUUCACACACACAAAGAGAACUGUUUGCAUUUCUACUACAGCCCGACAUAAGGAAUCAGCUUUCAGACUGGACAAACUACAGGGAAAAAGAAGAUGUGCAACUAUCAUAAACAUUUCUGUAUAAACGUGGAAGUGUCCACUUUUACAGUUUAGCUGCUGGACUGUUUUAUUUACUGGAUAGUUGAACAUUAUUUAAUUCAGGCUAACAGUGCUGAACAUUAAUUUGAGAUUUUAUGUCUGCUUAAACGAGGCCAAACCCAUUCUAAACUGUGGCAAAUACUUUAUCAUUUUAACAAGUGAAACAGUAGUUGUUAUCAGUAGCUAUCUGUCGUACUGUAUGAAUUAACUGAAACAGCUCAUCGUGAAUUAACAGUUUCACUAUACUCGAUGACUGGAUUAUAAUGGUUAUAUGCCAAAUUAAUGUGACCUGAUGUUAUUUUGCUUUAGGCAAAUAUAGAGGACAUGCGGACCAGCUGUCAUGCAUGUGCAUGGAUACUGGCGUGUGGACUUUAACAUCCGACCUUUUAAUAUACCUAUCCAGUAAUGGUGGAGAUUACCUGUAUCAUGUUAAUGUGUGUCCUUUUUUAAUGUGCUACCGUAGUAUUACACACUAUUUAUUUCUUGGUUUUAUCUAUGGUACUAUAGAUCCUGUAUGGUAGUAAGGCCUGAGAAUAAAGUCUACAUGGUGCCACUCUUACAAUAAAGACAGUUUAACGUAUACCUUAUGCACAACCAUCCAAUUACACUUCGUUUUUUAAUACAUGUUAUAUUAAGCGGCCGCAUUCAUUUCUAUUUUUGGAGCCUUAAUGCGAGGGUGCAGGAUGACUUGUACAUUUAAAGACAUUGCACAAUGGCAUGCACAGUUCGUAGUAAACACCACACACAGUGACUAAAAGCAGAUCAAGUCAAGGCUAUUCAUUCAGCUCUACAGUGUUGAACUGCACAUAUUGACUACCUGUGAAUCAGCACUGGACAAAAAAAAAGUGUUCAGCACUCAUC